GGAUAUGUUUUGAGAUAUACCCAUCGAAUUUGUCCAAGAUAAUGCGUGUGUAAAAAUCAACAUUUCAUUACGUUUCUUUGCUGCCUGUUUGUCUAUUUGCUGGAACAAUUUGAUAUCCAGGAAAGCUUCUGACAUGAUUUUGGAAUAAGGAGACUGUCAGGCAGUCUGGAGAGUAUGGCAUUCAGUAACAUUUUCAAGAAAGCUUCAAACCUGUUGGGUUUUACUUCACCAACGAAUGUGAAGCCGCCACCUCUAGAUGGAGAGAUUAUCUACUGUAAGAACAAUGUUUGUGUCCAUCCGCCAGCAACCUUGAAUACUGACAAAAUGGAACAUCAUCAGGGAUAUCUCACCCUCAGGUCAACUAAUGACAAGAUUGCUGGCCCAACCUUGAUUCUUACAUGGAUUCCAAAUUCAACCCUUAAAAAGAAUACCAGAAGCAUUGAAAAUAGUCCCAACAGGUCACAUGGAGCUACACCUAAAUCCAGUCCCAGACGAACACCACGUCAAGAAUUUUCUAAAACUGAAAAUAGCGUAACAACACCGACAACAUGUAUGACAGAUCUGUCUCCAAUGGAUUCCUGUGUAUCUGUUGGGAGUGAUCUUGGUGAAAAAUCGUCACAAAAUGCUGCCAGAAAGGAAAUGGAUAUUGAUAGUAAUUCAGACUCCACAGGAUCAAAGGAAGAAGGUGUAGAUAGCUUUACACAAGAUGAUGAACAUCGAAGAAAACUCAGCAGUGCCAGCAGUGGAAGUAACUCCGGAAUUGCUUCAGCUGGUGAUGAAUUCAUUCAGAACAAUGAAAAAUGCAUAAGUAAUUUGAACAAACAUAAAAAUGUAGGCCAACAUGUUAAUGAUUUAUAUGUUGAAAAGGUUAGUAAAAUCAAUUCUGAGCUGAAUAACCUAACAAAACUUGCUCUUGAGGAUGACAUUACAACUUCGAAACAAACUGCUAGUAGUUUAGAAGCAUCUGAUCUACACCAAAAUGAGUUAAAUGCACAGAGAAAGCAGCGGACAAGUUCAAGUAAAUCUAUCAGUAUUGAAAUGGAUGGGGAUAGUUUGUGCGUAACUACAGAAGAGCUUGAUGAUGAAGUUCUGUCCAGUGAGAAAAAUCUCAGUAGUGAGCAUAGUGAUGACAGUGACAUGGAGUAUAGGUAUGAAUGCAGCAAUAAUAAUCCACCAAACAGGUGUUCACAGGAGCAGUCAGUCAACAGUAUAAAUGGGAAUAAAAAUUCCGGUGCUGAAAACAUUGACAAUGUAUCAAGUAUGGACCAUUUGACACAGAAUGGAAUAAAUAGCUCAGAUUCUCCAAGUACAGAAGAAAAUACUGUACAGAGUCAGCAGACUGUGCCACCUCAUCCUCAGAGCUUGGAUCUUAGUGCAAUAAACACAACAGCAGUCUCAGCUGGUUUAAAUGAAAAUGACUUUAUAGCGCCCAGCAUUUCAGUUACACACCGACAAUAUUCGUCAGAUUCGUCAACAACAACUUCAGGUCCUGAUUCAGAACCACCAAGCCCUUACUCGUCGUCUCCUUCAUCGUCACAAUUUGAGCCCAUAAUUUACCUGGACACACCUUCCAGUCCAGAGUCCCUGUCACACAACCUACAGUUUCCGGAAAAUGCUGUGAGUUCCAAGAAAGACAAAGACAAGAAAUCAGCAAAGGAGCAGAUUUGUGGGGUGUUCUCUGUAGAUCUUGGUCAGAUGAGGUCAUUACGUGUGUUCUACAGUGAUCCUGAAAACACUAUUGGUCAGAUUGUGAUUGCAAGUCGAGAGAGCCAGUAUAAAAUACUGCACUUCCAUCACGGAGGCCUAGAUAAACUGGCAGAGAUAUUUCAGGACUGGAGUCUCUUUGCUACCAAUCAGGACAAACUGAAUGAGACAGACAGACACUAUAAGCAGUUUAUGAUAGUGAAACCAUCUAUAACAGAUGACCAAUGUGAUCCUGAGGAAGGGGUUUACAGUAUGGUGACAGAGGAUAUCUGGCAAACACAUCUCAUGGAUGAUGGAGUCAUAGAAGAUGAUUAUCAAAUCAGAAAGGCAAUAUUUUUCGGUGGUUUAGAGCCAUGUUUACGCCAUGAAGUAUGGCCUUUCUUACUUCACUACUAUCCUUUCGACUCAACAUUUGAAGAGAGAGAACAGAUCAGGAAUGACAAGUAUAUUGAGUACCAAAACAUCAGAAAGAAAAGAGAGUCUAUGUCCGAGGAGGAACAGGAAUCAUUCUGGCGAAAUGUUCAGUGUACUGUGGAGAAAGAUGUUGUUAGAACUGAUAGAAGCCAUCCAUAUUUCAAGGGAGAGAAUAAUCCUAAUAUAGAGGUGCUCAAGAAUAUUUUACUAAAUUAUGCUGUAGAGAAUCCCCGGUUCGGAUACACACAGGGUAUGUCAGAUCUCCUGGCUCCGGUGCUGGCUGAGAUCCAGAAAGAGGUAGAUGCAUACUGGUGUUUUACUGGCCUCAUGCAGAAAACCAUCUUUGUUAGCUCACCAAAAGAUUGUGACAUGGAUAAACAACUGCUGUAUCUGCGAGAGUUGUUACGACUGAUGCAGCCUACAUUCUAUGAACAUCUUGUCCAUCUGGGUGAUGAUGCCUUGGAGUUACUGUUUGCUCACAGAUGGAUCUUGCUGUGUUUCAAGCGAGAGUUCAAUGAGAAAGCUGCCCUGCGUAUCUGGGAGGCUUGCUGGUCCCACUAUCAGACAGAUUAUUUCCACCUGUUUAUCUGUGUAGCCAUUGUGAGUAUCUACGGAGAGGAUGUGGUAGAACAGUGUUUACCUGCUGAUGAAAUUCUCCUACACUUCAGUAGUCUUGCCUGUCAUAUGAGUGGAGAACUUGUCCUCAGAAAGGCUCGAGGUUUGUUGCAUGAGUACCGUCGACGUCCUGUGAUACCAUGUACACUACAUGGUUUGUGUUCCCUGUGUGGCCAGGGUAUGUGGGACUCGGGUCAUGUACCCACAGUGGAAUGUGCAGGCAACCACCUGAAUGUCGAGUGCCCCUACCUUAGCCCAGUCAACUCGCCAGAAUCUGAAUAAGAUCAGUAAAGAAGGAGCAGAGAAUCAACAGUUUGAGCUUGAGUCAAAGUGUGAUUCAUGUUAUAGAGAUAUUGUGGAAGUACAAGAAAGUUUCAUAUAGGUGACUGGAUAAAGCCAGGUGUAAAUGCAGAGGUUUUAUCCCAUCUUUCCACAAGUUAUUCCAUGAAAACUUUGGAUUGAUUUGGAACCAUUUGUUUCUUUUGUUUUUUCUUUUGUAUUCUGUUAAUCUCAGUUUUUGUUUGUGCCAAAGAUGGCUCACAACUUUUAUUUCACUUGCCCUUGAUUGAGUCUUGUUUCACUUGCCAUAGGUUAACAUUUUUUGUGGGGUUUUUUAUACUUGUUGACCAGAAUUUUACUUCAAUUGAGCCUUUAGAAACUGUCUUUUUUCAUGGAAAAUAUUGAAAUUACUUGUCCACAGUUUGGGUGAAAUUUUUCCACAUGUUCAUUUCCACCUAGUUUGACAUAAAAUGUAUAGAUGACACUGAAAAGUGUUAAAUUGGGUGAAAAUAAAAGUUAGAUAUCGGUAAAUAUGCAAGAAGAAUUUAAAUUUUCUGCAUUAUUUCAAAAGCUUCGCAACAGUUUACUACUUUUGCACAAUAUUUUUGGUUGCCCGUAAGAAUAUCUUGGAAAAAUCUUAUGUCAAUAAGUUUGUACCACUAGUCACUUUCAGAGCAAUCACUUUUAAUAGAUUUUUGAGAGAAAUUUUUUUCACCUUAAAUGUGUGGGUUAUUAAGACUAAUUGUAAAAUUUUAAGAAUUGUAGCCUGUUAUAAUCUGGCCCGGGCAAAAGCAAUAUUUAAAAAUGAAGUAAUAUGUUUUGUUAUUCUGUCUCUGUACACUAACAAUGUGAGUGAAUAGUUUACUAACAAGUUUAUAAGACGAUGUUUACAUUGAUGAUCUCAGUGAUGAAGCAUUCCUGUAACACAGUACAGCAAAAAGUGGCACUUUAAGCAAAUUCUUAGAGUAGGAUAAUGUCUGAAAACAUGAUGUAUUCAAGAUAAUUCCUUACAAUUAUUGAAUAUUAUUACAGUUAUAUGAUACUUUACACAAGGCUUGAAAUAGUCGAAGAUUAGAUGCUAACCUUUUAACCUAAAUUGAAUUUUUUUUUUUUAAAUUCUCAUUAUUUAAGGGUUUUUGCAAGUCUGUUUUCAUGACAUAUGUUUGUAGUUUCUUAUUUUUUUGUGAUCAUUUUUUAUUUUGAUAUCUCUAGUACUUGUGGGUAAGCUAGUAUCCAUUGUUAGGCAUUCACAGUUGAUUUGGUGAAACUCUUAAGAGAUCAUAAUUUAGGCUGGAUCCUAAUGAAAUUUAGGUCAUUUGCCUUAAAAUCCCAUACACCAUCAGAAUUGGGUCAGAAACUAGGUCAGUAGGUCAUAUCAUAGAAAAGCUUUGUUAAUUCUGAAGAGGUCAUAUUUCUGUCUGAUCUUCAUGAAACCUGGAUAGAAUGUUUGUCUUUAUGAAAGUUAGGUCAAAUUUUAAAACUAGGUCAUCUAGGGUCAGAAAGGUAGGUCACUUGGUCAAAUCAUAUUCUAGAGGCUGUGUAUUUUCUGCCUGAUCUUUAUGAAACCUGGUCAGUGUUUGACCACAUGAAAUCUAGGUAAAGUUUGAAUUUGAGUCAGUUGAGGCAAAAAGGCAGGUCACUAAAUUAUGUGGUAGAGUCUUAACACUUUAGAGGCCAUAGUUUUAACUUGAUAUAUAUAUGAAGGCUAUUAAAAUGUUUUUCCUCAUGAAAUCUAGGCCAAGAUUUAACCUGGGUGGCUAGGAUCACUUUUUUUGUGCAGUAGGUCAGUUAGUCAAACAUUAAAACUUAAUUAACACAUUAGAGGCCAUAUGCUCUACUUGAUCUGUGUUUAAUUAACUGGUUUAUAGUUUUUGUCUUUAUGAAGGUUUAGUUAGAAACAGGGUCAUACGGGAUCAAAAAGAUGGCCACAUGGUCAAAUCAUUGAAAGCACUCUAGAGGGAAGCCAUAUUUUGUACCAGAUCUAUAAUGAAACCUGGUCAGAAUGUUUUUCUUUAGGAAGGCUGUAUUAGGUGCUGAAGUGGGUCAUCUAGGAGCCAGAAAGUAGGUCACAAGGUCAAAUCAUAUAAAAUUUUCUUAACCCUUAAAAGACCUCAUUUUACUCUUGAUAAACAUGAAACCUACUGAAAAUGUUUAUCUUACAGGUAUAUCUAGGACAAAUUCGAAUCUAGGUCAUCAUGACAUCAUAUAUAAUAUCUUGGUAUAAUUUCAGUUUUUCCCAGUUUAUUUUUUCAUUUUCCACAUUCGAUUUUGGGAUACAUUUACAGUUCAGAUUAAUUAAUUUAUGUCUUCCAUAGAGCUGGAGUAUAAGACAAUCUCCCGCCUCCCAACACUCUCCCUUGUUCAUUUAUAAUUGGUUGGAAUUUAACAUAAGUUGUAUAGAAUGAAGGAAGGUUGGGAUUUGUUGGCCACAUUUUUGUUUCUCAUUCUAAUGAAGACCAUCACAAAAACUUGCAAGUUUUUUUAUGCAUAAUAUUUUCUGUAUUAAGACAGGUAGUAUCUUUAUGAGAAUGAAGUGUCCAUUUUAAAUUGAAAAUGAAAAGCUUUUAAAAAAAAACGUGUGCAGAUUACAUUGUUUGUUAAUUGACAUGUUAUUUGAUAAGAGGAUAUAUUUCAUGAGAAAUAAUAUAUUAUUAGUCAGAUUUUUAUUAAAGUGUAGGAGUAAGGAAGAGGUAGUGUUAAAGCCGUCCCUUGUAGUACAUAAUAUUACUGUAUAGUACAUGUUUUAUUACAUUUGAUGAAUCUGGUAUUUACAUUUCAAAAAAUCUCAAGGACUCAUAUUUUGGUGACAUUUUGAUACAUGAUUGUUUUAGAAAUUAUGGCAUUUUCUCAUUUUGUUAUUUUAUGCCAGUUGAUAGGCAGUCACAUAGUAUGACAGGUGAUUUAGACAGGAAUAGGUUGUUAAGAGCCUGUCAGAAAACAUGCAUUUCUUCUACAUAUUCAGAUACUAUUUCCUAGACUUAUUUUAAUGUUUUGAAUUUUAUACCGUAAUAUUCCUAGGAAACAUACCAGAAAUAAAAAUAAACUAAUGUUGUCAUUCUGAUACACUUUGCUGUAUUACGUGGAAGGGUCAAGCUUUUGUUUAUGAUAGUGCCAAAUUAAUCUUAACCCUUAGCCUGCUGGCGGCAAGUGAUUCUGCCUUUGCGACCAGUGCAGACCAAGAUCAUCUGUGCAGUCUGAUCAUGGUCUGCACUGUUCGCUAUUCAGUCAGUUUCUUUUUUGGUAAACACCCCUUUUAACAGGUAAUGGCACUGUCCAAAUUGAAAGAUGGACAAGUUCAUUAUAGAAAUUUAGCAGGGUAAGGGUUAAAUAAUGUCCUAGAGACAAUUGUAUAAUGUCCUGUUCAGGUGGUUAUUGUGAACUUCAGUUAAAGCUUGCAGUAUAUCAUAGUUUAUCAUGAUCACUUUAACUACUGUUUACUGCUAGUUUGUAUUUCUUUUGACAUUACCUAGUUGAAUACUCACUGAGUAGGGAGGGAGAAGACAUUUUCAGAAAAUUUUACUAAGACUUAUGAUAAAGAAAACUCAGUUGUACUAUGAUCUCAGUAGUGUUUUGUUAGCUUUUCCAUUUAAUAACGGCUAGUACCUUCUAAUUAUGGUACCUAGGUGGAAGUAACAAUUACUGUUUACAGGGUUUGAAUGUUUUAUUAUAAAUCAUGUGUCAUUGUAAAUGUUAACAAAGUUCAUGUUUUACUAUCAGGACUAAGAUUUUGCUUAUACUCAGAUUGUUCUAGCUUGUCAUAGUCUGAAAAUGGAGUAGAAAUUUGCUAGACUUAAAAGAAAUAAACAUUGAAUCCUGUAAAUAUUAACAGUUGAAGACAACCUGUCAUUCUAGUGGUAUUGUUAGAAAAAUAUUUACAUUCGUCCUAUUCUUUUCCAUUGAAAAUUAUGACGUUCAUUUUGUAUGAACAGCAAAAGAAAAGGGGUGAAAUUUACGUCAUUGCUGCUUUGUGAUAACUCACUGCUGUUUUGACGAUGUCCGCAUAUAGUCAGGGAGAACCUUCCUUAGAUGAUGUCGCAGUUAUUCCGUGUGUUGAAACGGAAUGGCCGGGAAGCUGAUUUUAAUGUUAAAUGCCACAAAAUAUGUGCAAUUUAUAAUAUUAUCUUGUUUACAAAUGGAAAGGAAAUAUAAUAUAAUUAGAAAAACUAUUUUUUUCGGUGUUCAUGCAAAAUGAAUGACAGAAUGGGAUCGGCGGAUUAAACAUGAAUUGCUAGUGCGAUUCAUGAUUUGCCGAUCCUAUUCUGUCGUUCAUUUCGCAUGAACACCAGAAAAAAUUAUUUCAUUUCUUAAAUACAUUGAAAAAUACAAGGCGGAUCUUGUGUUAUGGUACUGAUAUAUCGUAUAGGUAUAUUAUGUAAGUAUAUUCCAUAUGCUGAUAUAAUAAAAUACAUGUAUUAAUGUUUCAAGCCUUUAGGGAACACAGAAGUUAAAAUGUUACCACAGGAAUGACAUACAUCUUGUGCUAAACACCAGCUGACGUACUGGAGUAUUAUUUAGAUGCAGGAAAUAUUGUGCCAAGGAAUAGAGAGCUGUCCAAAUGUUCAGCACAUGUACCUUCUACCUUUAACAUCCAGUACAGGACCGUAAACAAUGAUUGUCAAGCUAGGGUGUUUAAAGGGAUUUUAAGAAUCAGUAGUAGGCCUAAUAAUUUUAGAAAUUUUAAUGUUGAUAUAUUACUGAGGCCCAUAUGGAAGAUUGCUGCUGCCUUGUUGAAUAAAGUAUUAUUAUUAUUAUUAUUAUUAUUGUAAUAAACUUAAUAUAUGAUCAGAUACGACCUGGUAAAUAGGUAUGAGCUCCAGUGUAAAACAUUGUAAUGUCAUAAAAAUUCUGAUAUUUAAGUUACAGUGUAUUAUAAGCCCUGCAUGUGCCAUGUAAGUCUCAGUGUUUGACAGAGUUAAUCAAUUAUUUUUAUAGAAAAAAAAUCCUAGUUAUUAUUAUAAAUAUAAAUCUUAAAAUACAAAGUGGCAGAAACUGCUCUGAAUGUUUGCACAAUUACUAUACAUGUACUUCAUCAUCCUAGAUGUAUUUCAAUACUUCAUUGCCCCUGUGUCACCCUUAUAUUGUAAUAAAAUUACUCAUAACCAGGCCCAGUGUUCACGAAACAUUUCUUGGUCUCAGCUGAGUCAGAGACUGAAAUUUUGAUAGCAAAUUUUAGUAGAACUUACAGAUUAAAUUCUGAUUGAAACUGGCCAUCAGUACCGAAUAAUCCCUUAAAAAUAGUUAAUACCUUAACAUUUAAUUCUAAACAUGUAAAUUAGAUAUAGAUAAAAAAUAGGUUUUAUUAUCAAACUUAGCUGAGACUGAAAAUGUUUUGUGAACAUGAGGCCAGAUAUUACAGGUUAUACUCAAAACCUCUGCAGCUCUCAGUUCUAGUUAUUUAAGCUUUUUGUCUUUACAGGACAUCCUCAAAAAUAUGCUAUUUCUUCCACUUUCUUUUAGUCUUUACCUUACUUAGAAUUAAUUUUGCAAAUUGCACUCAGACUAUAUUAGUUAAUUAUCAUUUUUGUUCAGCAGGUUGCCAGUUGUGUAUUGUAUGUUAUGUUAUCUGAAAAAGUGAGGGCAUUGAAAAGGGAAUGUAUAGUAUAAAUGAUAAAUUAAAAUGUUUGUAUAAUUGUGUGAUAGUAUAAUUUUUAGGAACAUAAAAUGUCCUAGCCAUGCAUCCCUUUGAAGAAGUGGGAUGUUUUGCUUUGCACAUGUUGGUCAUAUUGGUUGGUCUGUUUGUCUGUCUGUUAUUAUUGUAUUUAUCUGAGUGAGAAACACUUGACCCAGAACAAUCAAACCUGGUAGCAUGAUCGGGGCAUAUGAAGUAUAUGAACCCCAAUGAUUUAAGGGUCAAUUGAUCAAAGGUCAAGGUCACAGGGGCCUGAACCUUGAAACGCUUUCCCCCAAUAAAUUGAGAACCCCUUGACUCAGCACAUUAAAACUUGGUAGCAUUAUUGGGCUUAUGAAGUAGAUGACCCCUUUUGCUUAGGGAUCAGUAGGUCAAAGUCAAAUAAACCUGAACUUCGAAAACAUUUUCUGCUCACUAACUUGCCAGAUCCAGUAUCUUCAAGCAUGAUAGCUUGAUUGGACUUAUCAAGUAGAUGACCUGUGUCAUUGUGGGGUCAAAGGUCAAGGUAUACCGCCUCAGUAGCCUAGUGGUAGAGCGUCUGCUUCGACUACAGGAGGUUGUGGGUUCGAUCCCUGGCAGCCUCAUACCAAAGAUGUGAAAAAUGGUACUAGCAGCUCCCUUGCUUGGCGCUCAGCGUUAAAAGGGAAACUGGCUGGCUUCUCUUCCCUUAUACCUUUGUGGUGAUUGAUUCCAUCAGGAAUGAGGUGUGAUUAAUAUAAGUUGUAGAACUUGCUUAACAAUCGACCUAAAAUAAAUUAGUAUAAACUAAAGUGUCAAGGUCAUUGUGAUCAUGGGACUGAAUAUGGGACAACCCAUCAUGGGGGGCAUAUGUUUUUUUAUACACAGCUCUUGUGUGAGAUUUAGACUGGUAUAAUUUAAAUAGUACUUGAAACAGACACUUGCAGUAGUCACAUUUAUAUAGGAAAAAAAUCUCAUGUACAUUUUUGUAUAUAGUUCAGCAUUCAAAUGUAUAUAGGCGACAGUCACCUGUAUAGGCAAGCAGUCACUUUUAUGUAGGUGAACAGUCACAUGUGUAUACACCGUGUCAGUCCAUAAAGAUACCUUAUAGUGCAUUUUACAUGCCCAGUACUUCCAAGCGCAGGGCACAGGGCACAGGAGUCUCACAGCGGAGUAUAAACUGAAAUCAUCAUUUCACUGGAAAAGUGUCUAUAAACAAGGGUGAAAUUAAAGCAUAUUUUUUUAAGACUCUGACAAAACUUCUGAUAAAAUUUAUUACUGUAUGUUGAUAUGCAUAGUUCAGUGAUGUGUAUUAUCUGACUGAAGACAUUGUUAAUAGUCUUUGACAGACAAUGUUUGGAAUGAAGCCAUGUCCACUUUUACUCGGCAUAGUAAAUUGCUCUACAAGGAGACCUUUAUGGAUUGACACAAAUAUACAUGUAUGUCAGUUGGAUUAUUCUAAUCUCGUUUUCUCAUAGACCUAUUUAUAUAUUAGAUUUAUAUUUGUUUUGGGCUUUUUUUUUGUUAGGAAAACUUUUUAUUAAGCAUUGUUGAGUGUUAUAAAGACUUCCAGUACCUUGCUGUAGAGAGACUUGUGGAACUGUCUUUUUAUUGAUGUUUUUAAAGCAAAUCAGAAUGGUAACUAUAAUACAUAAAGGUUAUAUAUGGAGGUUUAAAGUGUCAGAAAAUGUGAGUUAACAUUCAUGGAAUGUCUCUUUAUUAGAACUUUACCAUGCUGCACUGACAAAAACAUAUUAUAUAGCGAAAAAUACAUGUAAUUAAGUUUGCUUGUUUGUUAUAUUUCUUACUUCUGAUUGCUGUUUAUAUUUGCUGGCUUUUCCUUAAGCAAUUCCUUAAAAUUGAAAGUCCAUCAAGAAGUAUUAUAAAGAAGUAUAGUUUAUAUGAAAGUUAGUCUGUGUUCACUUAGAGAACACAGCAUUAGGGUUUAGUGCAAUAUCACAUAAAAGUGCUUAAUAUCUUAAAUAGAAUAUUUUUUCUGAUCUUCAUUUUAUUGUUGUUGUUACUUGUGCAUAAACAUUCCAUUAUUUGAGUUUUGUGUUACUGUAAACACCUAUAAUGCCGGUGAAAAAAAAUGUAUUAGUUAUCACAUAACAGAUUUUCAGUGACCUGUACAAGUGACAGAUCACAUGGUUUUAGUGCCAAAUUGUAAAAACUGCUAAGGUACACACAAUAUAGUAUUUCAGUAAGAGGUUGUUUUUUGUUGCAAAUACAUGUACGCUGUAUGAAACUUUGCAGCUUCAAGAGGAGCAUUGGUCUGGUAGUAAAGGUGUUUGCCACUCAACCCGUGGAUUGUGGGUGCCUAGGGCCACUGCUUCACCUGAUAUGACAUCAGGACUGCCUUUUCUAGGAAGUGGACUCGGAAGUGGUUCAGAUAAGCUUGAAGCUUUCAUCACAAUUGAGCUAAAAUAAAUUAGAAUACACUAAACAUUGUGUCAGUGGUUUUAUCUCUGAUGACUGGUGGUUUCUUUACAACUUUAUGGCAGGACUUGUUCUUAAAUACAAAAAAAAAGUUUUAGUAAAUCUAGGACAGAAAAUGAGGUCACUUGGUUGGUAUAAAGGUUAUUAAAAAUGUAUAAAACACUAACAGCUGUAUUUUAAGACAGACUCAUUGACAUAAAUCAACAUGUAUUUAUCCAACUUGGUCAGUUGUAUUUUAGUAACAGCAAGUUUUCAUUAAAAACGAUAGCUGCAAAGGUUAAAUAAUAUGUGACCAUGUCAAGUUUAAUAGAUAGAGCAAUGAAACUGAAUAUAGUUUUUUUGUAUAUAAGAUGUAUUAAAAUUGAUUUAUUAGGACAGAAAAUAAAACCUUAAAUGCUUUACCAGUUAUUCAAAAGAACAUCCAUUUCUCUUAUAAGAUAUAGGAAAUAACACUGUAUAUAUUUUGAUUUCAAUACUAUUAUUAUACACACAUGCACAUUCUUGUAAACUUUUGUCUUUCAUUCUGUUUUGGUGAUAUUUUUGUUUUUUUUGUUGAUAUUAUUUCAGUGACAAGUCAUAAUAUAUUAAAAGUGUAUUUAGUUCUGAAUAUUAUAUGUAGUUGUGGUGUUAGAAGUGAUAUUACAGAAGAAUAUAUACAUGUAUAUAAAGAUAAAAACAACAGCAAA